AUGGGGAAUGAUUUUGUGAUUACCAUUCUUGUCAGGCUGCUGCUAGCACAUGGUUUUAUGACCAUGUCAUGGUCUGUGAUUUGUUCCAGCGCCACAAACCUUACUGAUCAAGAAGCUUUGCUCGCCUUUAAAUCCCAGAUCACCUUCAAAUCCGAUGACCCAUUGGUUAGUAACUGGACCACCGAGGCCUCCUUCUGUAGCUGGGUUGGGGUCUCUUGCAGUUCUCAUCGGCAAAGAGUCACUGCCUUGAAUCUUUCUUUCAUGGGUUUUCAAGGCACUAUAUCACCAUACAUCGGGAACCUCUCCUUUCUCACAGUUCUGGACCUCAGCAACAACAGUAUUCAUGGUCAGCUUCCAGAGACUGUAGGUCAUCUUCGCCGUUUAAGAGUCAUCAACUUGAGAUCCAACAACCUGGAGGAGAAAAUUCCAUCAAGCUUGUCACAGUGUCGAAGGCUUCAAUGGCUGCUCCUCCGCUCAAACCGAUUCCAAGGGAACAUCCCCAAGGAGAUAGCCCAUCUCUCCCAUCUGGAAGAACUAGACUUAAGUGAGAACUAUCUAACAGGUACAAUUCCGUCAACUAUAUUCAACAUGUCCACCCUCAAAUAUAUUGAUCUCGUAGUAAACAACCUCUCUGGCGGCAUCCCCACAACUAUUUGUCACAAACUUCCAGACCUUGAAGUGUUGUGUCUAUCUGUCAAUCCACUAGGCGGUCCAUUUCCAGCCAGUUUAUGCAAUUGUACUAGUAUUCGGAGAAUCUCCUUUAACAGAAACGGCUUCAUUGGAAGCAUACCAGCAGACAUAGGAUGCUUAUCCAAACUAGAGGGUCUGCGUUUAGCAAUGAACAGACUAACAGGCACCAUUCCACUGUCCUUAGGUAAUCUUUCCAGGUUGGAAAUCCUUGAUUUCAUGUAUAACUAUUUGGACGGUGGGAUCCCUCAACAAGUAGCACAGCUAUCUAGGAUGAGAAGACUUCGAAUCGCCUAUAACAAUCUUUCUGGUGGGAUACCUGAAGCAAUCUUCAAUCUUACAUCAGCUUAUGCAAUUAGUUUCAUGGGUAAUCGCCUAUCAGGAAGCAUUCCAGAGCUGACCAGCCUUGGCCUUCCAAAGCUUAAUGAGCUCAACCUGCGAGACAAUCGACUCAAUGGUAAAAUCCCAAAUUCUAUCUCGAAUGCUUCGAGGCUCACUUUAUUAGAGCUAUCAAACAAUCUCUUAAAUGGCCCAGUUCCCAUGAGUUUGGGCAGUUUACGAUUCCUUCGGACGCUCAAUUUGCAGCGAAAUCAACUCAGCAACGACCCAUCUGAGAGGGAACUCCAUUUCUUAUCAUCUUUGACAGGGUGUAGAGAUUUGAUAAAUUUGAUUAUUGGGAAGAAUCCCAUAAAUGGAGUACUACCAAAAUCUAUUGGAAAUCUAUCGAGCUCACUAGAACUCUUCAGUGCAGAUGCAUCCCAGAUCAAAGGCAGCCUUCCAAUCACAAUCGGUAACUUGAGCAACUUGCUGGCACUCGAACUAGCUGGCAAUGACUUGAUUGGGACCUUGCCAUCUUCUCUUGGAAGCUUAAGUCGACUUCAGAGAUUGCGUCUUUUCAUCAACAAAAUAGAAGGACCAAUUCCCGAUGAACUCUGUAACUUAAGAUAUUUGGGAGAACUGCUUUUGCAUGAGAAUAAGCUCUCAGGUCCAAUACCAACCUGCAUAGGGAAUCUCAGUACAAUGCAAGUAAUCUCCCUAUCUUCUAAUGCGCUGAAAUCAAUACCUCCGGGCAUGUGGAACCUCAACAAUCUUUGGUUUCUCAAUCUGUCCCUUAAUUCUAUAACUGGGUAUCUUCCUCCACAGAUUGAAAAUCUGAAGAUGGCAGAAACAUUUGAUCUAUCCAAGAACCAACUAUCUGGAAGCAUUCCCGGCCAAAUAUCAAAUCUGAAGAUGUUAAGGCGCUCAACUUGUCUGACAAUGCAUUCCAAGGUAGUAUUCCUGAUGGUAUCAGUGAGUUGGCUAGCUUAG